GUGAUGGUAAUACAUUAAUCACCGAUUAUAUAGAAAAUUGGAUGAAAUUAACAGUGCUAAAAGAAAGCAAUAGUAGUUAUAGGCUAUUGUCAAGAGCUGGUUUACAACUUAAACAUAUAGUAGCAUUAUAUGAAUUGGUAGAAGAACAUGUUGCAGAUGUGGUUGCUACUUGCAUUCAUCAUAAAUAUAAAGCCAAACUUGAAGAUUCAUUAAAACGAGAGAUUUCAAAAGCAAUCGGGUUUGAAACAUCAAAACAAGAACAAGCAAACGAUGUCAAGUCAUGUAUUCCAGCUGGAGUUUUUGCUAUUGCGCUAAAAAGAUUCAUUGUAAGAUAUUUGACUACUAGUGAAAAUAUAAACGAAUCCGUGAAUCUUGCGGAUUAUAUGGUUGAAGAUGAAGGAUUAGAAUGUUGGCCCGAUUGGGCAGAUAAAAAUGUUAUUAAGAAUAAAUUUCCUCUAUCAUUAUUGGUUUCGCAUACUUUUGAAACAUAUCAGUAUACUAAAAUUAUUAUAGAGAAAACACGAGUUAAAAAACCUGAGCCGAUUAAAGACAACGACAAAUACUACUUGCAUACGUAUGAACUUCUUAUGCAAAACAGAGAUUUUUAUCAUCCGACGCUAAAUUACUAUCAAGAGAAAGCACCAUGGAACAAGGAGCAUGAAAAAAAUGAACCUGAAACUAACGGUUAUUCAAUCUUUAAAAGCGCGGUUGCACAUUUUAUUCAGGAACAAACCACAGACGCCAAAAUUAUAGAGCAAGUUUGUUCUCAAUUAUGGCAUAAUACGAUCUUACAAGUUAAAGCAAAUUAUGAAGCUUUAUAUAAGCAAAUAAAGAAAAAUUCAGAACAUAUUCAACUACAUAAAGAGUUUCAAAAUUGGGGAUUUGUUAACAAUGAUUCAAUGCAUUCAACAAAAGGAUCUAGCUUUUUAUGCAAAAGAGGAAUUGAAGUUGAAUAUGCAGAAAAACAGAUCAUUGAUAUUGUUGCAAAUCAUUUUAAGCUGCGACCAAGAGGAGUAACAAAUACUAUACUGCAACCAAAAGAAGAAGAAGAAAGUAUUAUGCGCCAAUUAUUAUCUUCGAGUUCAGGAUUAUCAAAUAUUGGAUCUUGCAAAAGUCAUUUGAUUCUUGCACGAUUUGUGAAACGUCAUUUGAAGAAUAAUCAAGGGAGAGGGAUUAAUCAAGCAAAUUUACUCGCUGCUAUUAGAGAAGUUUUUAGAGAUAAUAAACCUCUUGAAAGUAUCUGCGUAAAAGCUGCAGAAGAGUUAAAGGCUAGGAUAA